AUGGAGUGGAAGAGAGAUGGUGGAGGUAGCGUUAGUGAUAGUGGUAGAGAUGGUCGUGGUGGUUGUUGUGGUUUAGAUGGUGGUGGUGGUGGUGGUGGUGGUGGUAGUGGUGGUGGUAUUGGUAUUGGUAGUGGUAGAGAGAUGGUGGUGUUUGUGGUAGAGAUGGUUGUGGUUGUGUUAGUGGUAGUGGUGGAGGUGGUGGUGGUGGAGGUGGUAGUGGUAGUGGUAGCGGUAUAG